AUGUUUGUUCCUGCCGACUUUGAUCAUUUCCCCACCCCCAGCCCCACCUCUUCGGUGCUGCCCAUCCCCACAGUGAUUCCGGGCGUCCCGCAGAUCCAAGAGCUCCACGCCACCGGACACCGUACUCUAUGGGUUGUGACUGUAUUGAUGGGAAUAUCCUCUCUGGCCUUCUACUCUCUCGGCUCUCGUGUACCCCUGUCCAAACGUGUCUACCACACCCUAAGCGCCCUCAUAACAACAAUCUCCUUCAUCUCCUACCUCGCCCUCUCAACAGGCCAAGGCAUAAGCUGGAAGCACGAUGAAAUAGUAUCCCACCACAAACACGUCCCCAACACAACCGACGAUGUCUUCCGUCAAGUUCUCUGGCUCCGCUACGUGAACUGGGCCCUCACAACCCCUCUCAUUCUUACAAACUUCGCCCUCAUCUCCGGUCUACCCGGCGCACAUCUCUUCAGCGCCAUAGCCUCGAACUGGGUAAUGCUCGCAGCGGGUCUACUUGGUUCUUUCGCCGGACACACUUCUGCGCGAUGGGGAUGGUUGACGCUCGCUUGUAUUGCAUUCCUGACAACGCUUCACCAUGCGGGUUUCCAUGCCCAGCGUGCAGCGAAGAGUAAGGAUGCGCUAUUGAGACGGUUCUUUGGUGCCUUUUCGGGCUCUGCUUUUGUGGUCUUCGCUUUGUUCCCUGUUGUGCUUGCUAUUGGUGCCCUUGCUCUGAAGAUCAAUGUUGAUACUGAGACUGUUCUCUUUGCUAUUCACGAUAUCUUUACUCAGGGUCUGUUGGGAUACUGGCUUGUGUUGUCGCAUGACAAUGCCCAGGGAACUACCCUCCACGUCGAUGGAUUCUGGUCUCACGGAGUCGGCAACGAAGGUGCCAUCCGCAUUGAGGACGAAGAGGGCGCGUAA